GGCGCCAAAACAAGCGUUCUGCUGUCAUUCUCUUUUUUUGUGUGCGAAUUUCACAAAAGUAAUUUUUGCACACAACAACACAAACGCAAGCACAUUUAAUUGUAAAAAGCCGCACAGGAAAGCAGCUAAAACGUAAUUUAUAAAGAAAAAAAUAAUUGUGUAAAUAAUUGAUUUUGAAAAGAAAACAACAAAAUGUUUGAAGCCCGUUUAAUUAGUGCUACUAUCCUUAAGAAAAUCUUGGAUGCUAUCAAAGAUUUGCUAAAUGAAGGCACCUUUGAUUGCAGUGAUUCCGGCAUACAACUGCAAGCCAUGGAUAAUUCUCAUGUUUCCUUGGUCUCUUUAACUUUAAGAAGUGAUGGCUUUGAUAAAUUCCGCUGUGAUCGCAAUAUAUCCAUGGGCAUGAACCUGGGCAGCAUGGCUAAGAUAUUAAAGUGUGCCAACAAUGAUGACACGGUUACUAUAAAGGCCCAAGAUAAUGCCGAUACGGUGACCUUUAUGUUUGAAUCACCCAAUCAUGAAAAGGUUUCCGAUUACGAAAUGAAACUUAUGAAUCUCGAUCAGGAACACUUGGGUAUACCCGAAACCGAUUAUUCCUGUGUAGUGCGUAUGCCUUCGAUGGAAUUUGCACGCAUUUGCCGUGAUUUAGCUCAAUUCAGUGAGAGCAUGUUGAUAUGCUGCACCAAAGAGGGUGUGAAAUUCUCUGCCUCCGGUGAUGUUGGUUCAGCCAAUGUUAAAUUGGCUCAAACUUCCAGCGUAGACAAGGAGGAAGAGGCUGUGGUCAUAGAAAUGCAAGAGCCUGUUACACUUACUUUUGCCUGUCGUUACCUGAAUGCCUUUACCAAGGCCACACCUUUGUCGGGGCAAGUACAGUUGUCUAUGUCGGCAGAUGUUCCAUUGGUGGUUGAAUAUCGUAUACAAGAGCUGGGCUAUAUACGUUACUAUUUGGCACCUAAAAUUGAAGAUGAUGAAAGCUAAACUACUGGUAGUUUAUAUGUUCUGUUGUGUUUACAUUGAAAAUAAUAUUACACAAAAAUGCUU